UAUAACGUGAAUCGAGCUAGUGAUAAAAAUCUUCCCAAUGGGUUGUGGUUAUAAUCAUUAUCUUGCAUUCAUGACCUAGAUGUGUCGGUGUUUUUUACGUGAAAUUAAAUUAAAGUAUUCGACUAUGGAUAGGCUUAAGCAAAAACUAAGAAAAUCUUCAAACGCAAAAGAAAAAUACGUGUCAGACGUCAAGUGUAUAAAAGAGAAUAUAAAAAUCAGAGAAAUAUUGCGAAAUGUAAAAAUGAAUAGUAGUAUGCGUUUAAAGGCACCCACUGGGAGCAGAGUGAUGAAUAACACGGAUUUCAGUGAUAGUGAAGAUUGUUUUGACGGUACCCUUAAGGAUGAGAACGAGAUUUUACAACCACCAUACGCUAUGAACCACGAUGUAAUUGUGUUAUAUCCAGAGUACGCGAGCGCACCCAGUAAUUUAAAUGAACCAAUUAAUCACGAACCAUAUCCGGCAUUGGAAAGAUUUAAAAGUAAUUCCGAAGCAAAUUUACCAAAUAGUCUUAAAUAUGUCGAGAACAAUAAGCUGGUUAAACUGGAACCAGUUAAACGAAGCGAGUCUAUGAUUCCUGAUGCAAGAUGUAAGAGUGAAAUUUUAAAUAGUUUGCCCUCGACCCUGCGAACCAGGAAGAUGUCGCUAGACCAAUCAGUUUUGGAUCGUCGGUUCACCCAAUCAGAAUUAGAUUUGCACAGUUGUGGUAAAUUGCCGUUGGAACGAAAAUCAUCCUUUUUCAGAAAGAAGAUGGGUAGCUUCUUUCGCAACACAACACAUUUAUUUCGAAAACAGUCGUCAGUAAAAAACAAUUCGAAGUCUUUGCAGUCCCUGGAUGAAAAUAAUUUAGGAAACAAUGAAGAAAUUAAGGAUUAUUCGCAAUUGCCCGGCCCUAUGGCUGGUAGCAAAAGUGAGACCAGUUUAAUCUCCGAGUCUACAGUCACGAGCACAUCAAGCAAUGCAGUACACAAAGACCAAUCUUUAAACAUGAGUCCAGAAAAUAGCACGUCCACUGUCUCCAUUCAAAAUAUGUCUAAUAGUGUCCUUAGUUUAAAUGAAGAAUACAUUCAAGAAGCGAUGUUGACACCGAGAGCAAUUUCUAUGAGUUCUGGCUUGGAUAGCACUAGCGACCGAUGUGGCAGGAAAUUUAAAGCUAACAGAGUUACAUGGCUGGCCAGCGAGGGAUUAACUAAUUAUUUCAGGCGUGUUAUUCAAGAUGAGAAGAGUAAAGAAAAAGUUAAGACUUUCCAUUCACAUCAAGAUUUUUCCAGUAUACCAGAAAACGAAUCCUACGUUUCGAGUCUCAAUAUGGGCCGAAGGCUCUCCUACCAACGGGCUGUAUCCGGAGAGGAUCCAGUGACACCAAUAAAGUAUCAAGAUUCCUUGUCUAGGCGAAAAUAUAUCAGUAUUGAUAAGAUACAGGCUCAUCUGGAGCUACAGAAUCACUUAGCUGAGUUUUCAAAUAGCGGCGUGCCAUCCUUACAAGGGUUCGUUCUAGCAGCCAUUCCAGACAACUCGUUCUCCUAUCUGAUGUGGUCAGAGCAAUCAGGAAAUCUUGAACUGGCCUACAAUUGGAAAACUUUGGAUGAGGAUGAGCAAAAGAAGCAAGCCGUUGUUCGGGAGUUGGUGGAGACAGAAGCGAACUAUAUACAACACUUGAUGGUGAUUGUUGAGGUAUUUAUUGCCGCAGCACACUCACUUCAGGACAGCGGCAAAAUGCUGGAUGUUGACACAGCAAAGUUAUUUUCAAAUAUACCAGAUUUGCUUAAUGCAAAUCUGGUAUUUUGGAACGUAACAUUCUAUCCAAUGGUUAAAGAUGCCGUGGAAAACAAAACUCCAUAUAAAGUAGAAUUAAUGGCUGACGGAUUUAGUCGUUUUCCCGAGAUCUUUCAGCCAUAUGAAAAAUAUAUGAGUGAACAGGCAAAAAUGAUGACAUACUUGAGAUUUAUGCAAAACGACCCGGAAUUUUCCCUAUACCUUAAUUGGUGUUAUACGAACAAAUCAUGUAACAGACUCCAGUUAUCCGACUUACUCGUGAAGCCUAUGCAACGGCUCACAAAGUAUAGUCUUAUACUUCGUCGAGUCGUUGCAUACGCUAAAUCAAAUGAAGAAUCUGUUACACUAAAGUCUAUGGAAAAUUUCGUAAGAGGUUACGUGAUUGACUUAAAUCGGUCAAUGCGUCAACGUGAUGAAAUAGAGAAACUUGAUGAGUUGUUAAACUCGGUUGAGCCGUACGAAUUGGAAUUUAAAGAAGAGGAAAUGGAACGUGCUUUCAGGACAUAUUGCUCGUUAAACUUAAAAGCAUCCGUGUUAAAUUCUACAGAAUUGCCUUUGCGCAACUUAGUAUACGAGUGUAACUUGCGGUUUAAGGAUAACAUAGGAAAAGAGACUGAAAUAAAACUAUUUCUUUUGACGGACGUGAUGUUAAUUUGUAAGAAACAGUCAAAAGGAAGUGCAUUGCCAUAUAAAAUGAUAAGACCCAAAAUAUUUUUGGAGAGACUUGUAUCAUGGCAUAAAUCAGCAAAAAGCCAGAGCCAGUCAAAUAGUCUCAUUUAUGUCAUAGUGGAUGAAUUCAAUUCAGCAAUAGGAUGUUUUACACUAAGCGAAUCUACAAAAGAUUCAACUCCAACGCAAACACUUAAGACCUUAGAAAUGAAAAUUAAAGAAGCACGACUUUCCCACGCAUUAAUAAUUUGGGCAGCCAUAAAUCCAUCGCGGGAGCUAAGUGAGAUAGAAUCGAGUGAAACAUAUACUAUGAAGGUGAAGAAUGCUGAAGAUAUAGCUAUUGAGAACGAAGCUCGUGAAAGAGUUGCGUGCAUGUUACACCGAGGCAUGGGCGUGUCGACUGAUGAGUGUUCACAAUCAUUCACCACCGAUUCCAACGAGGCUCCCGGGGAUGUUGCCAGUUAUAGCCGAAUUGGCAAUCAGAGACACUAUAUGCAUCGGUUAUCAACCGCCAGCUCACGACAAUCUCGUUUAUCCAGUUUCCAGCAAUCACUCAGUGCCGCUUCCCGUGACGAACCUCACCCCGGGCCAAGCAAAAUCGUAAACCGAGCAGGCGGCUCUCUUGAACAGCCGGUUACAUCAAUCACAGUAAAUGUAGUGACUGAGGCAGAAACACCAACGGAAAAGGAACCAUUGGUAGCGGAUGGGCUAACACUCCAUGUUACGCCAGCUCCCGAGUCACCACACUCCUUGUCACCCCAUUCGAACAAUGUUUCCGUUUUGAGCAGCCAUCCGGACCUUAAUCCAGACGCAAUGACUCUUUCUUUAAGAGCACCGUCAGCUUCCGAGAGACUAUAUCAGUCACAUCAGGAACUUCUACAACGCAAUCGUUUGGCAGCAUCACACGCUACUCAGUUUUUAACUCCCGACCAUCGUGGAAGUAGUUAUCCACCCCCAAGUCCUACAAGGGCGUCAUUAAAAAGGGGGUUAGCAUUCUCUUACUCAUUCAAAAAUCCACCUUUGAGCAAGAUGGGAAAUGUUCAUAGUCAGUCACAUUUGGACGCCGCAAUGUAUGCUAGUCAGGGCCAUUUGGAAAGACAGCCAAGUCCUAGUACAAGCGAAAAAAGCGACAAGAAACAUAAAUAUUUGACAACCAGAAACAAGGCAACAUCGAGCACAGACCCUGAAGAAUCAGCAGCCAGCUCUACUGUACCUACGCGUUACCCCUCCGUUCAAGAAAAUAUUAGUGAGAGUGAAACACAUAGAGGGGAUGAUGGGAGUAGAUGAGAUUUGGCGGAGGAGAAAUCCUCCUGAUGUUGGUGUUGUUAAGCGUCUAUAAGUUGACGAGAGAAACGAGAAAUAAUGAUUGAUGUGAAUUCCAGCUUGAUUGUUUGCAAGUAUACGAAUUGUUAGUUUAUGCUACACCCCCUAUAGAAAACCUGCAGAAUUAGCCCUUAAUAAAAACAAAUCAGUCUAAUGACACUAUUUACCAAAGUAUUAUUUUGUCUCUUUCUAACAAAUUGUGUUUAUGCCGUUAUGAAAAGACAGGUGAGUACUCUAGUUCAAACAGUAUUGGGACGAUUUAUUUAUAUAAAUAAGGUUAAAACCUUUCUCGAUUUAAGAGCUUUAUAUACACUGGAAUCGAGCCAGUAAACUCCCUACUGGGAACGUUGGAAUUCUAUCAAUGAUUUUAAAGUUGUCGAAUGAACUAUAAAAGAUCGAAUAGUGAAGUAGGUGGGACAUUGAAAAGACGUGUAAAUUAUAAACUAGUUUAUGUAUUAUACGUAAUCGUAGACGUGAUUUAAGACAAUUAGCUUUUAACUAAGAAAAACUGUGCCAAAUCGCUUAUAGUGCCAGAUUAUUUUCAGAACAGAUCGUAAGGUAUUUCGUUUGUAACUUUUUCUAAUAUUAAUGUGAAUAGUCAUAAACAUAUUAGCUGUCCCGUGCGAUCAAAUUAUCCUUUAUAAACGUUUGAUAAAUUAUUAUAGCUUAAUUUGAAAAUAAUAUUGUCAUAGAAUAUUAAUGUAAGUAAAAACGUAUGUAUAUAAACUUACUUAUAAUCGUCGACUUCUGGUAUAAGCGACGUAGUUUAAUCCGUAAUUUGUAUCUUUUGUAAUAUGUACUACUCUCGUAUUCCAAAGACAAUAUUUUAGUGUAAGAUCCAAAAGCUUAUGGUAAAAUUUUUAAGCCUUUAGUACACAUUCACUGUAUAAAAUGUGAUAAAAAAGUUUAUUUGGACCUGUUUGUGUGUUAUAUUUAAACGUAACAUAGUGAUAUUAAUGGAUUUCAUGACAAUUAUAAGAUAAGUCAAAGUAAUCAUUGUGAAUAAAACUCAUCUAGAAAAGAUAAGAUGUAAAUCAAUUAUAUUUCAUUAACAACAACAAAAACUAGUCUCAAAGGUCCUCAGUGUUUAAGCGUAUAAUAACUAAAAGCACUAAAAAUCAUAUUAUAACAUACGAGGUAUAUCCUCUUAAAAAAAUAAACAUCAACUAAUGCUCAUUGCAUCAAAAUCACUAAUGUUAACCUCAUGUUUAACAAUCCAUCAAUGUCUUCAUCAAAUAUUAUUUUAUAUAAUAUGUAUACAUUGUUAAUGUACGUAUAACGUACAUAAAAAGAAAGACAUAUAGUGAAAAUACAUAUACGAAGCUUUAAGGAAUGAAUUAACUGGCCUUUGUCCCGAUAGUGAGAAUUGAGAUAUACAUAUAAGGAUUAGUUGGAGAUGGGACUUACUUUAUAGUUAGAUAGUAAGUUUUAAGAUAAUACUAGGUGAUAACAUAAUUGUACGCAUUGUAUUAAGUAUUAAGGACCAUUUUAUCGAAUAUUUCCUCUCUUAACUGUCCUUGUCCGCCUUGUCCGCGAGUUUUCAACUAUCUUCUUCGAGAUACCGUUGCAGACACAACAUAUAUAAUUGAAAUAGGCCCUUUAAAAUCGCUUAUGAAGUCGAAUACUUUUUGAUCAUUCUCUUGGCCCUUUUUAUUAACAAUAAGUAUGGACCAAUGUUUAUAGGGUAAAUUUAAAUUUUUACAAAUCAAGAAAUUUUCAUGGAAAAGGUUGUGACAAUUUGAUACAAUACGUUUAAUACUCGUCUUCAUAAGAAUCACCUUAUCUUACAUAACUUUUCGAUAUGACUAUCAUUCAAAUUUAAUGACACUAAAUAAAUGCACUGUACAUUACUUACGUUAGCAACAUAUAAUCCCAAAUUUAUAGAAGAUAGCUCUUCCAAAAUCAGUUGCUGUCACUAACUUAGCAUCGCACGAUACAAAAAUUCAAUACUAAAUAUUUGAGCUUCAGGCGGUUGGCAAUGACGACGAUACAGUACGAUCUUUAUACUGUAUUUGUAAAUUGUGCGAAUACCAAGCCAUAUGUAUGUAUGAUACCUGCAGAAUAUACUAGGUGGAAGCGAAAUGAUAAAUGAAAUGAUUCAAUUUUUCGAACCUAUCAAAAUAUUCCGUGAUGAAUAUCAGUAAUUAACUAAAUACAAAAUAUCCAUAAUAGUAAUAUUUGCUUAUUAUAUUAUUGUGGUUUUAAACGAGCUACAUGUGUUUUUUCGUAAGCAGAAAUUAAGUACUUGCAUUUUAAGUGUGUCGUGUAAUAAGUAUAAUCAUUUCAGCCAAAUAACUGCACAAUUUUGCGUGUUGAUGUUGCUUCUAUCGUUUAACUCUAGUAGAUCCCAUAUACGUUUCAUAUAUCAAUUAUGUUGCUUAUAUUAGCCGAACGAAUUACUGCAGUUUUAGUGAAUUUUGGAUGUUGUAAAAUGUUAAAAAUUGUUAGAAUUUUCAUUGCAAUGCUUGCUAUACGAUACAUGUUACAGGCCCCACAAAUUACUACUUAUGAAUAUUGUUACCGUAAGCAUUUUUAUAUUGUUUUGCUGUCCAUAAUGGUGAUAAGUGUAUCAGCAUUGUGAAUAUUAGAGAAGUAUGAUAUUUCAUUGCUAUUUUGUAUGAACUCUGCGCCAAAUAUAUUUGUAUGUUGUCUUUUUCUAUUAAGAUUCAUUGAUGUUGAGAUUUUCUAAAAUGGUGAACUAUUAGGUCUAAAUGACAUUAAAUGUUAUUAGAAAUUUGUGUAGUAAAAUCACUAAACGGGUAUAAAUUAUUUAAAUAGUAUCUUUUAGUCAAAAAUUAAGAGCAUUUACGUAUUGUGACUCAU